AUGACAGCGGCCAAAUCAACAACCCUCAGUGAUUUUUUGCUGUCUUCUGAUGAAGAAGUUGACGAGGAUGAGCCUGAACAGGUGGAGGAAAAUGGGAAGGCAGACGAUCAGCGAGGUCGUAAGAAGGAGGCUUCUUCGAUGGGACGGGUUGCUCGAUCAGCGGAAAGUCGUAAACGGGUUCACGACGACGACCAGUCAUCAAGCGAUUCUGAUUCCAGUCACUUUGACGAGGCUGGAACCUCAGGGGAUGAUAGUGGUGAAGAGGCAACUGACCCGGAAGAUACUAGGGGGCCAGAGGGGGUUGGCGACCGGGACGGAGCGGGCUCGUCGUCGAAUGAGCGGCGGGCUUCGUCUGGUGAGGAGAAGGAUGUUGACCCGGAGGACUCUGAUGAGGACGAGGAGGAGGAGGAAGGUGCCGAAUUGAAUCUGAACAUAGCAACAGAGGCCGUUCAGGGACCUUCUGAGGUGUGUUUCGUUGUUGAUUGA